CGGUGACAGGCGGCGGGAGGCGGCACACACACCGGACCAGCACCGGCACCGGGACUCACCGGGACUCACCGGGACUCCGGAGCUUCUAUAAUCCGGAGGAGGGGGGGCAGCUGCGGCGUCACUUUUACCCCACCGCCGGUCCUUCUCCUCCAGCACGAAUCACGGAGCCGCUCCGGCAGCGGGGAGGAGCAGCGCCGCGGAGCCGCAGAGGAGCCCAUGCGGACUGGAGCGACUUAUCAAUGAAGCAGGAGAUCAUGGCGGAGGGUCCCCGCUGCAAGAGGCGAAAGCAGGCCAACCCCCGGAGGAAGAACGUGCUGAACUAUGAGAACGUGGUGGAGACGACCUCAGAGACGGACGAGGACGACAGGACGCUGCUGUCCGAGGACGUCGGCUUCGCUAACGGUGGAGGGGAGGAUGAGGAGGCGGGCAGCCCAGCCGGCGUGCCCCCCAUGGAGGCGUCGCCCCGGGUCGGCCACGCCCUGCUGUCCGACCACCAGGACGGAUCCAAGGGGCUGCAGGACCCCCACGGCUGGAGGCUGGAGGAGGGACGCCUCGACGACAGGAAAGACGAGUACGAGCCUCUGGGUCCGGAGGCGUCGCUGCACACUGUGGGGAACUCUGCAGUGAAGCCACUGGAGGGCAUCUCCGAACUGGACGAGUACUUCCUGAAACGUAAGCUGGAGGACAGCGAUGGUCACCCGGCAACCAUCGCCGAGUACCUGCAGCGCAGUGACACUGCCAUCAUUUACCCAGAAGCCCCGGAGGAGGUGACACGACUGGGCACGCCCGAAGCUGUUGGUCAGGAUGAGAGCGAACACGACCUGCCACCCGGGACGCCGGACGACUUCGCCCAGCUGCUCACGUGUCCGUACUGCGACCGCGGCUACAAACGGCUGACGUCGCUGAAGGAACACAUCAAAUAUCGACAUGAGAAGAACGAGGAGAGCUUCGCCUGCCUGCUGUGUCCCGACACCUUCAGCCACCGAGGCCAGCUGGAGCGUCACAUGACCACACACAAGCCCUCCAGCGACCAGCCGCCGCUGCUCGCCGAAGGAGCUGGAAACCGCAAGUUCAAGUGCAGCGAGUGUGGAAAAGCCUUCAAGUACAAGCAUCACCUGAAGGAGCAUCUUCGCAUCCACAGCGGUGAGAAGCCGUACGAAUGCUCCAACUGCAAGAAGCGUUUCUCCCACUCCGGAUCCUAUAGUUCCCACAUCAGCAGCAAGAAAUGCAUCGGCCUGAUCGCUCUCAACGGACGAGUGCGCAAUGGAAACAACGGCAAACCUGGCUCCUCGCCCAAUUCCACCACCUCAUCGCCUGGGAGCCCCGCCCUCACCCAGCUCCGCCACAAACUAGAAAACGGGCGACCGCUCCUCACUCAAGAUCAGCAGCUGGACAUCAAAGCCGAGCCGAUGGACUUCAACGAGUAUCGGCUGCUCAUGGCCUCGCAGCACGGCUUUGGGGGACCGGGGGUCUACCUGAAUGGCCGAGGCGGGAGCCCCCUGGGCAUCCACGGCUCCUCCCAGAGCUCCCUGCACCACCUGGGAGGCCUGGGACUAGAUCUCCCCCUGCUGGGAUACACAGGGUCCCUCGGGAACAACCUGAGCGAGGUGCAGAAGGUGCUGCAGAUUGUGGACAACACAGUGUGCAGGCAGAAGAUGGACGGGAACCCAGAAGAGAUCUCUAAGCUCAGGGCCUACAUGAAGGAGCUGGGGGCCCAGAUGGAGGAGCACCAGCUGGCCCAGGCCGGCUUCCAGGUGGUGGGACAUGGCAGCCCCACCAAGAGCAUCAUCGACUACACGCUGGAAAAGGUCAAUGAGGCCAAGAAUCUUAUUGACGAGUCGAAGAGGCAAGUAGACGUCAAAAAGGAGAAACCAAACCACUCAAUGGAUCUCAGUGGCGAUGAAAAAUCUCACGACAGCCAGAACCAGUUCCUGCCUUUCUCCUGCCAGUACUGCAAGGAGACAUUCCCUGGGCCGAUCCCACUGCACCAGCAUGAGCGCUAUAUGUGCAAAAUGAACGAUGAGAUCAAGGCGGUCCUGCAACCGGCGGAGAGCAGUCCCGCAGGGCGCCAAGGGUCGAUGGCCUCCGAACUGCCCAGUAACGACCGGGCCACCAGCCCCGUAAACCACUUCAAGGACCACGUUUCAGUGCUCAAGGCUUACUUCGCCAUGAACACUGAGCCCAACUCAGAGGAGCUGCUCAAGAUUUCCAUCGCUGUCGGCCUUCCUCAAGAGUUUGUCAAAGAGUGGUUUGCACAAUGGAAGAGCCAAAACCAUCAUGUAGGCAGUCUGAGGAAAAAGUCUCCACCUCCUGACCGCAGUGGACCAGACGCCAACCACAGCUUGAGCCGGUCUCCGAUGUCUCUUCCUGCUGUAGAUUUACAUGGAGGCUUCACUAAUGGCGAAGCCUCCCACAGACUUACAAAGGCCAACCAGUUUACAGCCAACAGGCAGACAACAGGGGACAAACCACUAGACCCCUUGGACCACUUGAGGAGCAACACCCCAUCACCCCUCAACCUUUCCUCUACUUCCUCCAAAAACUCUCAGAGUAGCUCUUACACUCCAAACAGCCUCGCCUCAGAGGACGCCCACGGGGAUAUACCACUGGAUCUGUCGCUGCCCAAACACAUGGUGCACAAGCUCAUCUCCAUCGGAGAGAAGCGAGCCAGACCCAACGGUUUGAUAAUGGAGCGAAACGGGGAGGUUUCAGUUCGAGAUCAGGUGUGUGGGCCAAUAGACCUGAUCAACAUCAAGAAGGAGGUCCUGGGUUCCAACGGUGGAGGGAGUUCCAUCCACCAGCUGGAGAAAAGCACCAGUCCCAUCUUUGGGAUCAACCCCUUCGCUGGUGGUCCCGUCUACACCUCCCUUCCACCUCACGGAGCGUUUCCUCCACCCACCUUCAUGUCUCCUGCCCAGGCCACCAUCCCAGGGCUCAGGCCCUACUCAGGCCUGGAUCCAAUGAGCUUCCUCCCCCACAUGGCCUAUACCUACGCCACUGGGGCAGCCACGUUUGCUGAAAUGCAGCAGAGGAGAAAGUACCAGCGGAAACCAGGUUUCCAGGGGGAGCUGCUGGACGGGACGGCGGACUAUCUGUCAGGCCUGGACGACCUGACAGACAGCGAUUCGCUGCUCUCCAGGAAGAAGAUUAAGAAGACUGAAAGUGGUAUGUACGCGUGUGACUUGUGCGACAAAACAUUCCAGAAGACCAGUUCCCUCCUAAGACACAAAUAUGAGCACACAGGUAAACGUCCUCACCAGUGUCAGAUCUGUAAGAAGGCCUUCAAACACAAGCACCACCUGAUCGAGCACUCGCGGCUGCACUCCGGAGAGAAACCUUACCAGUGCGACAAGUGCGGAAAGCGCUUCUCGCACUCGGGCUCAUACUCGCAGCACAUGAACCACCGCUACUCUUACUGCAAGAGGGAGGCGGAGGAGCGCGAGGCGGCCGAGAGGGAGGCCCGGGACAAAGGGGACGGAGUCAGAGGUGUCGGAGGAGGCGUGGCUUCCGGAGGUCUGGAGCCCACCGAGCUGCUGAUGCGGAGGGCCUACCUGCAGGGCCUGGGGCCACUCGGAUACUCGGACCCCGAGGACCAGCCGGAGGACGGCGGUGGCGGCGGUACGAUCCUGAGGGAUGGCAGCGAAGGAGGCGGAGGGGAGGUAGACGGCAAGAUAUACGAGGAGGUGACAGACGGACAGGAGGCAAGUUUCAGGGAAGGAGACGAGGAGGAGGACGGGCGGCGGAUGGACUCGGCGAUGGACGGCAAGGACGGAAAAGACUCGACGCAGCUGAUGGACGAGAGUUCACGAGAAGGGAAGAUAGACGGGAAGUCGGACCAGGAGGACUGAUUGCAACGGAAAUGAUGCUUCGCAGCGUUGGGAGGUUUUCUGCGUCGUGGCUGAUGGAAAUGAUCGCAGAGGAGUUUUUAUUCACCGUCACAUCCGACAACAAAGAUGAGUUCAGGACUUUACUCUCGUUUUAAUGAGCUCUGAGCAGGAAGUAAAGCUGUGACUCACAGUUAUCAGGUUCUGUCUGGGUUUAAUUACUCGCCUCACGAGUUCUGACGUCUUGUGCAGCUUCAUUUAAAUUCUUUCUUAACCCGUGUCUGUGAUGUUUGAAAACCUAAAAAGAUCAGUCUUUUUAUUAUCCAUCAAUCAAUUUCAGUCAUUCUUUAAAAAAACCCUUAAAAUUCAGUGACAGCAGCCUCUUUAAUGUGAAUAUUUUCUGCUUUCUUUCCUCCUCUAUGACUAUCGUUGGAUAAAAAACAUCAAUCUACAUUUUUACCAUUUUCUGAGACCAAACAGCCGAUCCACAAAAUAAUCCACAGUGAAAAUAAUUUGUUGUAGCUCUUGAAAGAAGCAAACUCCACGUGAAAAAGUUUAAAUCUAAUACCCAGCGGAGGAAGUUUACAAAUUAAUUCAGAUUUUUAGCUCCGAUUUAGGUCUCCUCCAGCAGAAUUUAGAGUCGGGAUGAAUUUCUGUCACAUCAGUUGGAGGUUUUUGUUGUUCAACAGGGAAAUUCUUUUUGGCAGAUUGUCAUUUUAUUGAAAGUAGUAAUUUUUCUGUUUAUUUUCCACCUUAAAAACUUGAAAAUACAAAUGCUAUUGUUGUUCUUGCUGCAUGUUCCCAUCAUUACACCUGUAGAUUAUGAUUUAUCAGUGCAGUGCUUCAUUUUUAACGUAUACUGUGACACAUUUUAUGAAAAAAAUCGAAAAUUCACUCCACUAUACUGUGAUUUUGACGAUAUUUCGACUAAUUGUUCAGUCCUGAUGUGGUUUUAUGCUUGUGAUUUUAGUUUCAGUUUCAUUUUAAUAUUCACUGCAUUUAAAACACAUUAGAUUCCAUUUAAAUAUUACCUGCUCUGUAUUUUAAUGCAAAGAUUUAAACUCCCUAUGACAGAUUUUUAAAAUUCCGUACAAAACACAAUUAUCUUAAAAAAUCUAAUCUUCCAAAAGGGAAAUAACAGCAAGAUUUAAGUUAAAUAAAGCCGUAACAAUAACAAUAGAAAAUAAUUGUUGAAAUCGAUAUAACUGAGCAGUUGUAUUGACAAGAAAAUGUCCAAAAUGACUUCAAAUCUGCCUAAAAUGACAAGAAACUUGUCCAGAAAGACUAAAAAAUGGUCCAAGAAGGUGUUCAGAGUGAUUUUUGAAUAAUCUAAAUUUCUUCAACAAUGUCCAAAAUUAUGAGAAAUUUGUCCAAGCCAGCAAGUAGUGUCCAAAAUUUCUCAAAAGCUCACAUUAAUUAUUUAAAAUUUGUCCAAAAUGACCUAAACAUCAUGCCAAAUGACUCCAAAAAAGUCCCAAAAUAACUUGAAACAUGUCCAGAAUGACUCACAAAAUGUCUAAAACAACCUAAAGUGUCCAAAAUGACUCAAAAGCUGCUCAAAAUGACUCCAAACGGUCGAAAAUGACUUGAAAUUUGUCCAGAAAGCCUAAAAAAAGGUUCAACAUGCCUUAAAAUGUGUUCAAAAUGAUCUUCAAAAUUGUCCAAAUUUCAUCAACAAUGUCCACAAUGACAAAAAAUGUGUCCCAAAAAAAUGUCCAAAACAGAUACUCAGUUUAAAAACCUCACUUCUUUGGCUUCCAGGAGGUUUUAUCUGAAUUCUAACUGACUCCUUUUCCAGUUUGAGGCGAGAACCUUCAAUCACAGACCGAACCUGAUGAAUGGUUGACGAAGCCGAGGGUCCGAGGACGAAUUAAUCAGUUUUAUCGAUGUGUUUAAACGGUGAAUCGUCUGCAGAAACGUCCUCCAGCAGAGACGUGGAGAUUGCUUCAAAUCCACAUUAUGCAAAAAAGAAAAGAGCAAAGAAAAGCAGAAGUGAUGAUGAUUAUCAUUGUGAAGCUGUUUUUAAUGUACAGUAUUAUAAAGGCCUAAAAGCUGUGUGGUGCUAUAAUGUUCUUAACUCCUGUCGUGUUGCGUCGUGUUCGAAAACCCCACUUCAGAAAAAUUGCACUCGACUCCCUGAAUCACUACGAAAUGAAAAUAUUAAAAAAAAAAGAGGGAAAAUCGCCUCGAACACUUCCUGUCAGUAUUAUUGUUGUAUUUGUCUCCUUUUUACUGUGACGUUUUACUUUUUCUUUGUUUUUUUUGUUUUUUUACUUUGAUCCUGUUUUAUUAUUUUUUGCCAGCUAACCACACGACUUUGGGCCUCCUAAUUUUAUUUUAUUUUUUUCUUUCUUUACGUGAAGGAACAUUUAAACCUGUGUGAUUUUUUUAUAUAUAUAAAUAAAUAAAUAAAAUGUGGAUGUGAGUCUUAAAAAGGAGGCGGGAGCGAAUACGAAAAAAGGGCUCCGAUUUAAAAAAAAAAAAAAGAAUAAAAGAGGACAGAGCCUUUUUUUUCUGUGUGUUUUUGAAUUUUUUUUCUCCAGAGAAAGCCUUAUAUGCAAACCUGUCACCUGUGCGUUUCUAUAAAGUGCCAUCCCUGUACAGUGUCCUCACCUGUCCUCACCUGUCCUCACCUGUCCUCACCUGUCCUCUGCUCGGCUUCAGUAUUACAAUGAAUAUCUCAUCCAGUUUGAUUCGUCAGUAUUAGACGUAGAUAGACGGCAGUUUGUUAGUUUACAUAUGUUUGUUUGUGCAAUUUUUCUCUUCAUUUCUGUUCCGCCACAGUAUUAUUAUUAUUAUUUUCCUGUCAGUAUUACUUUUUUUGUUUUAUUUCUGUGGAAUUUUCCAACGCAAAUUUUUCUUUUUUUUUUGGAGAAUUUACCAUUUUAUUUAUGUGACUCAUUUUAUAUUUCCUAAUUUUAUUUAUUUCAUACUGUAGUGUACAGUAUUAGAGUUCCUCACAAAUAGAUAUAUUUUAGUAAAAAUGAUUCUGUCGUCGAACUAUUGGAGCAAAAAUAAAUAUGAAUAGAGCGUUUACGGUAUUUGGAACUUGUUUUUUUUUUUUUUGCUUUGUUUCCUUUGAAACUACUGGAAAUUCUAAAUUCUUCGGGGAACUUUUGAUACGACGAUUCUUGUGAAAACACUGUAUUUUUUGAGUAAUCCACUUUAUUCAUCCCACUGAAGAGGUGACGAAGGACUGAUGAUGAUGAUGAAGGAAUUCCUGAAAUGUCUGAAGUAUUAUUAUUUUUAAUUUUCUUGGAAAUGACCGUGCUCGAAUAAAUGUAGCCAAAUUAAAUUUUAAUAAAGCUGUGUUAUUCUUCUUGUA